GAAGUAGCAUUGUUAUGGCAACCUGAUGCGUGUUGUUCGCAUGCAAACCGGAAACAUGGCAACGGGUGUAAAUAGCUCCGAAUCCUCUAAAAAAUCUUUAAAGUUGAUAGAUUUUACCGGAAUGAAUAUUUUUUAUCCGGAAAUUAAUAUUAAAAAUGAAGUCCAAAAAUUGAUGGUAAAUGCUGACCAAGCUUACGAACAGCACAUGCGAGAGAAACGGAAAAGGUGUGAACACGAAAUCAAAAUGCAUUGCAGAAGGCCGAGGAAAUGCAACAGCAGAAGGAAGUCUUGGAAAAACUCCGUGAGCAGGAGGCCGAACGUCUAAGAGUGAAGGAAAAUGCUCUGCUAGCAAUCAAGCAGGAUAAGGAACGUCAAAGGGAGGAGUUUAUAAAAAACAAAAUGAUUCAACUGAAGCUGAACAACUGCGACGAAAUAAGAACUCUCGUUCAACAAAAAUAUCACGAAGAGGCCAAACGAUGCCAAUUAGCACAAAUUGACGAUAAGAAUAAACUCAAGCUAGCCAAAUUAGACGAAGAACGAUUGUGGGCGGAGGUACAUCAGAGAAACUACAAAAUUCAAUAUGAGAAAGAAUUAAACGACAAACAGAAACGUACAUCAAGGGAAAGCCAAACCCUACUCACCAUAAAGGAACAGAUGAAAGAACGGGCACUGCGAGCUGAAAAGGAGAAAGUCGAACUACAGGAAGCUCGAUGUACGUCACUUCCGUUCCCCGAGCGGGAUGUCAAGUUAAUUCAAAUGAAGAAAAGUGACCUGGCAGACAAACUUAGGGAGCAGAUGGCUACAAACCUCAUGUUGCAGAAAAAGAGAGCUGAACAAGAACGGGAGGUUGUGAAAGUACUGAACGAGGGCAUGGAGCGCGAACUGGCCAGAGAAAAAGCAGCGCGCGAGUCUGAGAAACAAACGUUAAAGAAACAAAUCGACCAGUAUUACAAAUAUUCGAAGCACGUUGAGAAGCAACGAUCGGUCGAUGAAGCAAAAAUGGAUAAACUUAUCGGCGAUGCUCAGCAGCAGUACGAUAAAAGAGAAGUGGAGAAUUGCAACAAAAUACUACAAAAGCGCUGGGGAUUGGCUGACAGUGUCUACGAAAUGCAGAGGUCGCAAAUAGCGGAAAUGGAGCAGCUACGUCGGAAGCAGAAAGAGGAAAAACUAUUGGAGGGCACUCGUGAACGACAGCUGUAUGAAAAUCACCUGCAGAGGAGUAUUGAAGCGAAUCAACGGACAAAAACGGCUGUCAAAAAAUAUCGCGAAACACUGAAAGAGCAAAUUAAAUCGGCAACGCUAGAACGAGACCGCUGCAAGCAGCAUGAUCAGACACAGACUAAUCGAUUGCUGGAAGCUAAUGCAAAGGAGCUGGACUUUGUGAAGAGCUAUGUGAAAGGGUCAUUCGAAAGCCAUUUUAAGAAACAUCCAAACACGACAUUGAUGAAAAAGAAGUAUUGAAAAUAAAUUAAAAUAAUAGAUAGUAUAUAAAUUAUAAAAAUAUAUUCGUGUAUGAGUUGCAGAAGUCAAGACAAUUUU